GGGCCCCCCCCCGCCCCGGUUUCCAUGGGGACGGCCCAGUGAGGCCUACACCGCGGGCCCCGAGCCUGGGGCUGGAUUUUUUGCGGCUGCUGGACCAGGAUGUCGCUGGCGCAGCGGGUGCUGCUGACCUGGCUGUUCGGCCUGCUCUUCCUGAUCGUGCUGGUGCUGAAGAUGGAGGAGACGCUGGGCUGGAGCUGGUUCCUGGUCUUCGUGCCGCUCUGGCUGCUGGACGCGGCGCUGCUGGUGCUGCUGCUGGUGCAGCUGGCGGGCCAGUGCCGGGCGGCGCAGGAGCGCGGCGGCGCGGCGGCGGGCGGACUCAAGCGCCGGGCCUGGGGCCUGUGCGCCCUGCUGCUGAAGCUGGCCUUCCUGCUGGCGCUGGCCGCCCGCCUGCAGCGGCUCGCCGACCUGCCGCUGUGCUGGGUGCUGGUGCCGCUCUGGCUGCUGCUGCUCGGCGCCAUCGGGGACAUGGCGCACCACACCUUCGCCGCCAGGCCCGAGUGAGGGCGGCGGGGGGCCGGGCCUGGGCCUGUCCCUGUCCCUGCCCCACCAUCGGGGCCCCGGGGUCUGGGUCCGUCCCACCAUUGAGGCCCGGGCCUGUCCCACCAUCGGGGCCCCGGGGUCUGGGUCCGUCCCACCAUCGAGGCCCGGGCCUGUCCCACCAUCGGGGCCCCGGGGCCCGGGCCUGUCCCACCAUCGGGGCCCCGGGGUCUGGGUCCGUCCCACCAUCGAGGCCCGGGCCUGUCCCACCAUCGGGGCCCCGG